AUGGACAUCGUGUUUAAUCUAUCAUCCAUUAAUGCCAGUUGGGAAUUGCCAGAUAACGAAUCUCUAAAUGAUACAGACCAAUACGUGCCAUACGAAAAGAGACUGGAAACAUAUGUGGUACCUGCAGUUUUUGCGGUCGUGUUAUUGGUGGGUAUCAUUGGAAAUGGAACUCUGAUUUUUAUAUUUGUUCGAAACAAAUCUGUUCGAAGUAUUCCAAAUACCUACAUCAUGAGUCUGGCUGUGGGAGACUUCACUGUUAUCGUUGGAACAGUGCCAUUUAUAAGCACUAUUUACACGUUCGAAAGUUGGCCUUACGGUGAAUUUCUAUGUAAACUGAGUGAAUUCUUAAAAGACGUGUCAGUAGCGGUUACCGUCCUCACCCUCACCAUGCUCAGCGUGGAUAGAUACAUCGCUAUUGUAUUACCCAUGAGGAAGUAUACGGGAAGACACGCCAAAACUCUCACGGUAUUGUUUGCCCUAGGCAUCUGGUGUAUAGCCCUAGCUUUAGCAACACCGGGAGCUUAUUAUUCGUUUUUGUGGGAGGUAUCCAUAAGUCCCGAUAAGGUCAUAUACGUGUGUUACCCUUUCCCACAUAACAUGUGGCCUUGGUAUCCACAGAUGAUGGUCCUGAUGAAGUUUCUUUUACUUUACGCCAUUCCUUUAACGUUUAUAGGUUCCUGCUACGUUUUAAUGGCUCGACACUUAUAUGAGAGCACACGGAAUGGCCUGGGUAUAAACGGUAGACAAAUAAAACAAUUACGAACUCGCGCAAAAAUAGCAAAAAUUGUAUUGUCUUUCGUUGUCAUAUUUGCCAUCUGUUUUUUUCCCAGUCAAGUGUUUAUGAUGUGGUAUUAUUUCCAUUCUACUUCAAACGAAGAUUAUAAUGAUUUUUGGCACGUUUGGAAGAUAGUGGGAUAUGUUUUAACUUUCGUCAAUAGUUGUCUGAAUCCGAUUGCCCUCUAUUUAAACAGUGGAGUUUUUCGAAGCCAUUUUAAUAGAACUCUUUUCUGCUGUUGCUUUACUGAUCACACCGAAUAUACAAGAUCUUUACGAACUGCCCAAAGCACCAUAAGAACACAAUCGUAUUGUAGCCAUCUCACUAAAAUCCAGUCCGUGCACAGAAUCGAACGUUGAUUGUUACGAAAAAUCACCAGUUACAGUUGCUGUUGCUCUAUUUUUACUGAAUAUCUGUUAUAUUAUGUAUU